AUGGAUGAUAUCAAACUCUUUGCAAAAAAUGACGAUGAACUUCACAAGAUGAUAGCAGUAGUUAAACAUUUCAGCGAUGACAUCAAGAUGUCGUUUGGUAUAGACAAGUGUGCCAAAGUUACACUUGUACGAGGAAGGAGGGUAAAUACAGGCGACAUGUUUGUGCAAGAUGAGGAAAUAUCAAUCAAGGAACUGACUAAUGAUUCGACAUAUAAAUAUCUAGGCAUAGCUGAGAAUGAUGUCAUUAGCCAUAACACAAUGAAGGAGAAGGCAACAUCAGAAUACAAAAGAAGACUCAGGCUGAUCCUUAAAUCCGAACUGAAUGCCAAAAAUAAGAUUGAAGCGAUCAACACUCUAGCCAUUCCUGUGCUUAGAUACAGUUUUGGUAUUGUUAACUGGAGACUAGCUGAUAUAUGUGGCCUAGAUAUUAUGACCAGAAAGCAAUUAACGAUGCACAGAUUACAUCACCCAAAGGCCGCAAUCGAAAGGUUGUACCUUCCCCGUGGUCUUGGAGGAAGAGGUCUACAACAAAUUGAGAUGGUCUGGAAUAUGGAAGCAACGAACCUCGCCAACUACCUAUCCAAUCCACCUGAUAUACUGACGAGUAUAUCCCUCGAUUAUGAUAAAUGUCAAGCAAUAUACUCCAUUAACAAGCAAGCAUCUAUCUUAUUGGCACAACAUCGACUGACACUACCCUACGGUGAAAAAGAGAAGGCAAGACUUAAAUGCUCCUUUCACAAGAAACUUCAAGAGCAACUUAAAUCCAAGCGACUUCAUGGCCACCAUGAAAAACAGAUGCAUCGGGAGUUCGUAGACCAGAAAGACACACAUCAAUGGCUUAAGUCGGCGGGACUAAGAGGUGAAACUGAAGGGUUCGUCUAUGCUAUUCAGGACCAGGUGGUGAGGACCCGUGCCUACGAAAAAUCUAUCCUCAGAACAGGCACAGACGACACUUGCAGGAUGUGUGGAAAAGAGACCGAAACAAUCAUGCAUUUGGUAUCAGCAUGUUCGACUCUUGCUGGAACUGAGUACAUCACAAGACAUGACAAUAUUGCCAAACUUAUCCAUUGGCAACUACUGAAGGAUCGCGGUAAAAUGACUUGUGAUCACGCUUGGGAACAUCAGCCACAAACGAUCACCACGAUCAAUAACAGCACCAUAUAUUGGAACUGUGGCAUACUAACGGAUAGAACCAUCAACUGCAACAAGCCGGACAUCAUCGUCAGAGACAACAACGUAGUAAAUAUCAUUGAGGUCUCUGUUCCCCAUGAUAUCAACAUUGCUGUAAAGGAAAGAGACAAACGGCUCAAGUAUCAAGACCUAAGGAGUGAGAUCGAGAGGAUGUGGAACGUGAAAGCAGAGGUCACACCAGUCAUCAUUGGUCACUCAGGAAUGGUGAAGAAGGGAAUGGAAGCCUGCAUAACCAAGAUCUCUCCUCACCUUCGGAUGUACGACAUUCAGAAGGCAGCUAUCUUGGGUACAACCAGAUUGAUAAGAAAGACUCUCGGACAUUAG